AUGGAUGUGGAAUCAUCAAAGGCCGCUGCAAUGAAAGCUGCAUCUCCAAUGAAACACAAACGCAGAAACGUUUGUUUAGGGGUAACAGCAGCUGUGAUCCUUCUUAUCUUUGUGGUUUUGCUGAUCUUAGGAUUAACGGUGUUCAAGCCCAAACAAACGACAACCACCGUGGAUUCCACCUCCAUAAGUGACCUGAAGGUUUCUUUAGACAUAGCCAGGAUGAGAGUGGACAUAAACAUCAGUCUGGAUGUGGAUCUCUCAAUCAAGAAUCCAAACAAAGUGAGUGCCAAGUACAAGAACAGCUCUGCUUUCUUGAAUUAUAAAGGUCAAGUUGUUGGUGAAGCUCCAAUUCCUGGAGGUAAGAUUUUAGCAGACAAAACAAAACCCAUGAACAUAACUCUCACACUUAUGGCAGAUCGGUUGUUGUCUGAUUCACAAUUUUUUUCUGAUGUCACGGCUGGUGCUAUCCCCCUCAAUACUUUGACCAAGAUUCAUGCAAAAGUUAGCCUUUUUAAUCUGUUUAAAGUACGUGUUAUUUCUACCACUAGUUGUGAUCUUGUUGUUUUUGUUUCUAAUAGAACCGUUGGGGAUCAAAAAUGCAAGUAUAAGACAAAAUUGUAG